AUGGCCGAUAACGACGAUACCGGCGGCAAUCCCGUCAACGAGCCCCUCGAUCUCGUGCGCCUAUCUCUCAACGAAACGGUGUUUGUGAAGCUGCGAGGCGAUCGCGAACUCCAAGGCCGUCUGCACGCAUAUGACAACCAUUGCAAUCUGGUGCUAGGCGAUGUUACCGAGACCAUCUACAUGGUGGACGAGGAGGAUGAAGAAAAUGUGCGCAGCGUCAAGAAGCAGUCGGAGAUGCUGUUUGUGAGAGGAGACUCCGUCGUCCUGAUUUCGCCCCAGCAAUGA